UGCGACUCGCAGUUUUGAUCGGUGAACGGUACACUGCUGGGCCACAAGCUGUGCUAGAUGCUGGAGGACAGAAUGUUGUUGAGAACGUGUUUUGUGCUAUUUUGCAUAGUGAGUGCUUCGCGAGGUCAGCAUACGAUACGCUUCGCGUGUAACGCGCCCGGCAGUGGCAGCUGUACGCUGAGCGUUACUGUUACGGGAUCACCACAAGAUCGUGCAGCUGCUUCGAGCACGAAGCCAGGCGAACCACCGAUCAGCUCGAUCGUGCUCCCUGCGAAGGUUAGCAUCCUUGAUUUGGCCAAUCGACGGUUGAAACAACUGCCAGCGAAUGCCUUCCAUCAGCUGCUACCUCUGGAGCAGCUUCUGCUCCAAGGCAACGAGCUGCAACAGUUCGAUGGAGCCACGAUAGCUCCGACUGCCUCGCUUAAGCUGUUGAAUGUCUCCGCAAAUGGUGCGCUGUCGGAGGUGCGCUGGGAACCGCUGAGCAACCUGCGUACCCUUGAAACCGUAGACAUCAGUGGCAAUCGUCUCGAGAGUCUCUUCGUUACCCGGACGAUGAAAGUGCUUCGAGGAUCAGCGAAUCGUGCCACAACAAUCGAGACCGAUCCCAGUAACUUUCUGUUCGCGCUGGAACGGGCCGAGCUAGCAGGGAAUGCGUUCCGCGAUCUGGCCGGUUUGGGUCGUUUCGCAAAACUCUCGCACCUCGAUCUCUCCAACAAUCGUCUCGAGACGGUUGACUUCGGGACAUUCCGGCAUAUGCGCUCGUUGACGGAGUUGGUGUUGCGUUCGAAUCGAUUGUUUACGGUAACGACCAGUCCGGGGCCUUCGAUUGAUCACCCUCUGCUCGAUGUGGUUGACCUGUCCGGUAACUAUCUCACAGCGCUGCCUUCCGCGAACGUGACAGGCAUCGCAUCCGUCCAGCGGCUCCAUCUAGAGGGUAACGGGCUAGUGCUGGUGGAGUUGCACGAGCAGCUACUCAACUGGCCGCGCCUUAAAUCGAUCACGCUGGCCAAUAACGAUUGGACGUGUGAGAUGGCCGAGUGGCUCCAAGCGGCACUGGCCAAGCGUCCAACGAUUGCUAUCGCUGGUGAUGCCGCCGAACCAGCAAAGUGUACCCAUCCGGAACAGGUACACCGAGGGAAGCUGUGUUGUCGGAUUGCCGGAAGCCAGCCAUAUCUGGACCGAUUCAUCCGCACCAGACAGGAGUUGCAGUUGGGCAAACUCGAGGCACUGGAGGAGGUAGGACAUAGCGCAGGGCCGGGAGUGACAGUGACCGGUCUUGCCACAGCGCAACCGGACGCACUGAAGGAAGCGAUGCGCCGUGCGUUGCUCGUCAUCAACAAGCUACGGUUGGAGAAGAAGGAACUGGAAACCACCAAUCAGCAGCUGAUGAGAACGGUCGAGGAGGAACGUACCAAGAACCGACAGCUCGAGACGGCGGCCAGCAGCAUUACGAAGCGGCCAACAGACAAGAUUGAUAAAGACGUCACUAGCAACGCUAAUGAGCUACAGGUGGCCUUGGAGAGGGCCAAGACUGAGGUACAAGGACUGAAAGCUCAGUUGGCUCGGUGUACCUCGACUGUUCACUCGCGCACCGGCCAAACAGUGAUCGUACAGUAGCGAGAAUAUGAAUAAAAAGGCAUCCGGUAUCGAUUUCUAAAACAGACGGUGUAGUUCUUAGUGUCCCGCUUAACCCAAGUCCAUUAGGCAGUCCGGGC